AUGGCUAAUGAAAACCAAGAAUAUAGGAAAGAUAAGAACGAUAUACCCCCUGAUAAGAAAAUGGACAAAAUACACACUCCAGAAGGGUUGGAUCCAGAAACUCUAAACAAUAUAAUGUCAGCACUUAAAAUACAUGGUGAUUCCGGAGAUGGACCGAAAUUGACAAAUAGUCGCUUGAUUGAGUUAUACUCUCAAAAAGAAAAAGGAAAACCUGUAAAAAAUGAUCAUAAGUUUUGGGAUACGCAACCUGUCACGAAAUUUGCAGAAUCUGUGAAAAGCGAGGAGAUCGGACCAAUUGAUGCUAAUAACGACGUCGAAAAUGUUCUCAAGACGCCAUAUCCUCUACCUGAUGGAUUUGAAUGGGUUGUUAUCGAUAUUUUUAGUGAAUCAGAUCGAGAGAGAGUAUACACACUUCUGAACGAAAACUACGUUGAAGAUGACGAUAAUCUAUUUAGAUUUGAUUAUAAGGCAGAAUUUUUAAUAUGGGCCUUAACACCUCCAGGGUAUAAUAAGGAUUGGCAUAUUGGUGUCAUGGUAUCAUCAUCUAAGAGGCUUGUUGGAUUUAUAACAGGGAUUCCCGUUACCUUAUCCAUCAUGGACAAGAAAAUGGAUAUUGCUGAAAUCAACUUUCUUUGUGUCCAUAAAAAGCUACGUUCUAAACGGCUGGCACCUGUACUAAUAAAAGAAAUAACCAGAAGGAUAAAUCUUUGCGGUAUAUGGCAAGCUGUAUACACGGCGGGUAUUUUAAUUCCAAAACCAAUCGCUAAAUGCCGUUAUUGGCAUCGUCCAUUGGAUAUAAAGAAGCUUGUGGAUGCAAGAUUUUCUGGGAUAGGAGAUAGAAUGACUAUGAGUCGUGCCAUUAGACUUUAUAGAGUUCCAGACGUUUCGGAAGAUUUACGGCCUAUGGAAAAUAAGGAUGUAUGCGGUGUACACAAAUUAUUGAAGACACAUUUAGAGAAGUAUAAGAUCCAUCAAGUUUUUACACCUGAAGAAGUAAAACACAUAUUUUUGCCAAAAGACGAAAUAAUAUAUACAUAUGUAAAAUCGAUUAAAGGAUCUGUUACUGAUAUCAUAAGUUUUUAUUCUUUACCGUCUUCGGUCAUUAAAAAUCCAAAACUUUCGACAAUUCGUGCGGCAUACUCUUAUUAUAACAUUUCUACUACAAUUCCAUACAAAAAAUUGAUAGAAAAUGCCAUAUCUCUGGCAAAAUCUAACAAUUUCGAUGUUUACAAUGCUUUGGAUCUCAUGGAAAACAAACCAAUACUAGAGGUAUCCAUAAACAUCCAUUUUAAUACUGUGUUAGGAUCUAAAAUUUGGUAA